UUGCCUUUCCGGAACAUGUCCCAUACAGAGCAGGCGAAGCAGGAAGUAUGGACAAUGACACUCUUUCAGCAGCGCAUCGACUGUUUCCUUCUCUUGAGAGUUCUGCUAGCUGCAGCCCUGAAAAUGUCACCGUAUAUCGACCUUCCAGGAGAGACUGUCAGCAUCAACAAGGCCAUUAAUGCUCAGGAAGUUGCUGUCAAAGAGAAACAUGCCAGAACAUGCAUCCUGGGGACGCACCAUGAGAAAGGUGCCCAUACCUUUUGGUCUGUGGUGAACCGUCUGCCCCUGUCCAGCAACGCUGUCCUCUGCUGGAAGUUCUGCCAUGUUUUCCACAAGCUUCUCCGUGAUGGACAUCCAAAUGUUUUGAAGGAUUCUGUGAGGUACAAGAGCGAACUCGGCGACAUGAGCCGCAUGUGGGGCCACCUGAGUGAGGGCUACGGACAGCUGUGCAGCAUCUACCUCAAACUGCUGAGAACCAAGAUGGAGUUUCACACAAAAAACCCCCGAUUCCCCGGAAACCUCCAGAUGUCGGAUAGGCAGCUUGAUGAGACAGGCGAGAACGAUGUCAAUAACUUUUUCCAGCUCACUGUGGAGAUGUUUGAUUAUCUGGAGUGUGAACUGAACCUGUUCCAGACAGUGUUCCGCUCUUUGGACAUGUCCCGCUCGGUGUCUGUCACGGCUGCGGGCCAGUGCCGCCUGGCUCCACUAAUCCAGGUCAUUCUGGACUGCAGCCACCUGUACGACUACACCGUUAAGCUCCUUUUCAAGCUCCACUCCUGUCUCCCCGCUGACACCCUUCAAGGCCACAGGGACCGUUUCCUGGAGCAGUUCAAGAAGCUGAAGGAUCUCUUCUACCGCUCCAGCAAUCUGCAGUAUUUCAAGCGGCUGAUCCAGAUCCCUCAGCUGCCUGAGAACCCUCCCAACUUCCUGCGGGCAUCAGCACUCUCUGAGCACAUCAGCCCGGUUGUCGUCAUCCCUGUGGAAGCCUCGUCCCCCGACAGUGAACCGAUCAUGGAUCUUGUGGAGAUGGAAGCCACUGCACAGCAGAGCCUCGCCGACAACAGGUUUGAUGACAUCUUUGGGAGUUCUUUCAGCAGCGAUCCUUUCAACUUCAACAGCCAGAACGGGAUGACCAAGGAUGACAAGGACCGCCUUAUUGAGCGGCUGCACCGGGAGAUCAGCCUCCUUAAAGAUGAGCUGAAGAACUACAAGGCAGAGAGCCACCGCCUGACGAUGCAGCUGAAGGGGCGCGUGAGCGAGCUGGAGGCGGAGCUGGCGGAGCAGCAGCACCUGAAGCAGCAGGCGCUGGACGAGAGCGACUUCCUGCGCGCAGAGAUGGACGAGCUGAAGAAGCGGCACGAAGACACCGAGAAGGCCCAGCGCAGCCUCACCGAGUUUGAGAGGAAGGCACAAGCCACAGAGCAGCGCUACACAAAACUCAAGGAAAAGUACAGCGAGCUAGUGCAGAACCACGCGGACCUCCUGCGCAAGAACGCAGAAGUCACCAAGCAGGUGACUCUGGCAAGGCAGGUGCAAGGAGAUGCAGAGCGAGACAAGAAGGAGCUGGAGGAUUCUUUCCAGCAGCUGAGUGAGCAGGCUCAGAGGAAGACGCAGGAGCAGGCGGAAGUCUUGGCAGCACUGAAGAGGGAGCUCACUGCCAGCAAGCAGGAGGUUCAGGCCCUGCAGAGUAGCAUCGCAUCCAGUGCGCAGUCCAAAGCCGAGUGUAGCAUCCAGCUGGCUGGGCUACAGCAGGAGAGCGCUGCCCUGACCCAGACUGUGGCCCGGUGUGAGGAGCAGGUGGCGGCCUUGCAGGCGGAAGCGGAGCAGCUGAAGGCCACCCUGGAGGAAGAGAAGCAGAGCAGCAGCGGGAGAAUUCUGGAGCUGCAGAGCUGCCUCAGCGAGACGGAGAGGAGCGUGCAGGCCCUGAAGCAGCAGCUCCUGGACAAGCAGUUUGCCCUCCUGGCUUGUGCUGUGCGGGAGGCUGAGCAGAUCGUGCAGGCCGCGCUGAACCAGCUGGAGGACCCCACGCAUGCCCGCUGCACGAGCUCUGCAGAUUACCUUCUGUCCAGGACACGCACAGCUUUGAAGAGCACAGAGCAGCUCGAGGCCGCCCACAACCAGUACCUUGCUGACCAGUCAGAUGUCAGCAGCCUUUUGCCGUGCGUGAUGCUUUUUGCUCACCUGAUGGGCGACACCAUCCUGCAGGCAAGCGCGACGUCGCACAUGGCCCCCCUGGAGUCUGCUGACCUGCUGUUGGAGGCCUGCAAACGGUGUGGGAGUGAGGCCCUGGCCUACCUGGGCGCCCUGAAGGACAGAGCUGCUUCGGGAAGCGCUGACUGCACGGCCGUCAGGAACUUCCUGCGCAGGAUCUCUGCCAUCGGAGAGGAUCUGCGCCCCAGGGGCCUGGACAUCGAGCAGGAGCAGCUGGGGGACCUGGUGGACAGGGAGAUGGCCGCCACGGCAGCAGCCAUCGAGACGGCGGCAGCCCGGAUCGAGGAGAUGCUGAGCAAGUCCCGGGCAGGAGACUCUGGAGUCAAGCUGGAGGUCAACGAGAGGAUCCUCGGCUCCUGCACAGACCUAAUGCAAGCCAUCCAGGCUCUGGUGGAGGCUUCCAAGGAGCUCCAGCAAGAGAUCGUGGAGAGUGGAAGGGGAGCUGCCUCCCCCAAAGAAUUCUAUGCCAGGAAUUCCCGCUGGACGGAGGGCCUCAUCUCUGCCUCGAAGGCUGUCGGCUGGGGAGCGACAGUGAUGGUAGAUGCAGCUGACCUUGUCAUCCAAGGCCAAGGGAAGUUUGAGGAGCUCAUGGUCUGCUCACAUGAAAUUGCGGCAAGCACAGCUCAGUUGGUUGCUGCCUCAAAGGUGAAAGCAGAUAAAGACAGCGCAAACCUCAGCAAGCUCCAGGUUGCCUCCCGCGGAGUCAAUCAAGCGACAGCCAGGCUGGUGGCCUCCACCAAGUCAGCCAGGUCACAAAUUCAGGAGACAGACAGCAUGGACUUUUCGGCCAUAACGCUGAUGCAGAUCAAGCGCCAAGAAAUGGACUCCCAGGUGCGAGUGCUGGAGCUGGAGAGCCAGCUGCAGAAGGAGCGCCAGCGCCUGGGCGAGCUCCGCAAGAAGCACUACGAGCUGGCAGGCGUGGCUGAAGGCUGGGACGAGGAUGAGAAUGGUGCGCUUGUAGCUCCCUGAGGAGGCAGCCAGAGGAGAGGCUUCUUCUGCACACAAAUGCUGAUGAACUCAUUUGGAACAUACUGCAACGCCUGUGCUCGCCAAGAAGACAUUCCUCCUGGGGCCGGCCACGCUGGGGCCAGGCAUCCUGCAAGCUAAGAAGGUAGCAGCAAAGACGGGGGGAGAGGAAGCUACGCCCCCCUCCCCGCAGCCGCAGCAGCAGCAGCAGCAGCAGCAGCAGCAUUCAAAGGGCUGCCCUGCCACAGCCACCAACUCUGUUUUCGUGUGAGAUGUUCAAGCUUGGCAGCACUUCUGCAGAGCUGGAUUCCUUUCCUCCUCCCUGGCCCUGGUUGCUUCCUGACUCGCACAGCCGUUGAGCUGCUGGCAUUGCUGUUGCCCAGCCCAGGGUCGGCGGCGGUGGUCCUUCUCUGCUCGGCUGCCUCAUCUUGUCCUCGGGGCCAGGAUGGGGGCAGGAGAUGCUGAGAUUGUAAGGGACAAGGCAGAUUACAGGGCUAGCGAAUGCGGAGUCUCUUUGCAAGGGCCAGUCUGUGCCGGAGGUGGGCUGAUGCGGCCUGCCCCGCCCCGCCCCGCCGCAGACCUGGCAGGCUUCUGCUUGAAGGGAGGGAUUUCCCGGGCCAGGGAGCUGUGCUUCUGCCCCGCUGCCCCUGCUGCCGCCCUUUCCAGCAAGCCCUUUCCUGCUGCUUCUGGGUAGUUCACUGUGUGCAUAGCCAGCAAUAAGCAGCUGCAGAUC